AUGGCGGGCCGCAGAACCGGAGGGACCACUCCGGACGGCUCGCAGGCAGGAGACACAAAUAGCAGCGAGCAGAUCGACAGCAUGAGGUCUGAAAUCAGUUCGCUGACACAGCAAAUGGGCCAGCUGGUGCAGCUGGUCGGAGGACUUGCUGCACGUAUAGAGGAGAAGUCCGGCGGUGCCACGGAGGGCGCCGCUGAAAGCGGCGGCGCCGUGGAGAGCGUCGCCACAAGCACUGCAGGUCAUUUUGGGAACGUGCAGUACGACGGGAGCGCGCAGGCAGCGGACCUGCGAAGAGAGUCUGGUCCUUCGGGGCGACACAGCGGCGAAGUAGGGGGUUCAGACCCCAAAGAGCCAGUGACGGCUCAGUCGACCACGGAGGCAGAGUAUAUUGCAGCCGGGGAGGGCGUGAAGGAAGCGUUGUUCGUGCGUGGUGUUCUGUCGUUCAUUGCGCCCGAGACGAGCGGUGCCACGAUCAGGGUCCGUGAGGACAACGAGGGGGCUCUCGCGUUGGUGCAGAACCCUUUCAGCUCGGCGAGGAGCAAGCAUAUCGACGUGCGGUUCCACUUCAUCCGCGAGCUCUUCAAGGCGGGCAAGAUCACCGCAGAUUAUGUCUCGACAGAAGAGCAGCACGCCGAUAUGCUGACCAAGGUCCUUGGUAGGGGCAAGUUGGAGUACCACCGGAAGGCUCUGAUGAACCUGCCGAUGUAG